CCUUUUUCCUGCCAGCUGUGCAAUCGGAAGUUCACUCGUCAAGACCACCUGAAGCGGCAUUAUCGCUCUCUGCACGCCCAAACCAAACCUUUCGACUGUCCCGACUGCGGCAAGAAGUUUUCGAGGAAGGAUAAUCUCACCCAGCACUUUCGC